AUGUCAACGAUUAAUAAUAACAUUAAUCGAAAUAUAAAUGAAUUACCACAAUUUAAACCAAUAAAACCUUGUGUUUUAUUAUAUAUCUAUCGAGCACAAGCACAAUUCGUCUUGGACGAAUUGAUUACCGAAGCAAGAAAAACUAAAAUAUUUACAAUUGUUCCAAAAAUUGGUUCACUAUUUUCAAAUUAUAUGUUUAUACAUGUUGAACUAGUUCAAGAUUCACAAACAAUAAUUGCUCUCAUCGAAUAUUGCACUGAAAGAGAUAGAAAUUCAUCAUAUUAUCAUAUACUUCAUAAUUUCUUUACUAUUAUAUUUGAUUCCUCGAAAACAAUUCAAACAUGGGGAAAUCUUCUUGAUCUGUUAGUACCUUAUGCACAGUAUGGUCUAUUUGCAUCCAGUGAUGUAAGUCAAGCUCAGUCGAUUAAUGUUCAAAAAAUAUUUAAACCAUGGUAUAAUAAUAUAUUUCGUCACGAUAUACAAUGCCAACAAUAUCGAAAAUAUGAUGAAAUUGACAGUUCAUUAUGUACAUGUUGUCAUCGACCCUAUAAAUCAUCAUCAUGUCAAUGGUCCAUAUCAAAAGCAAUUGCUUAUACAUUUGAUGAGCGUUAUGAUUACUAUAUGCAUGACAUUCAUAAAUGUUUAGCUAUUACUAAACUAGGACAUGUUAUUAAUGAGAAAUGGACAAGCCAAAAAUUAAAUGCUUAUAAACAAAAACAAUUUAUCAAGAAAAAAAAUCCAUGA